GAACUCAAUCCGAUUUGAGAGAUCAGAUAAUCGGCUGCUGCUUGUUCAGGUUGACAAAGCCAAAAAGGGGAAACUCCACAGUUGCAGCAGAUGGCGGUUUUGCGUGUGGUUGAUUAUUUCUUCACUCGGCGUUCGCCCUCUGAGUGCAAAUAAAGAGAGAGCGAGGGAGCGAGAAAGAAAGAAAAAAAGAGGAGAGAAGCCGAGGCGCUUCGACCAGCCAUUUGUGCACAGGAAGUGAGUUUCCUCAUCUUUGAUGUGCUUACUAAAAUUGCAGAAAAAAAAGAGAACCCAUUAAACAGAGCGAUGCGCGACUGCGAACGCCGGCACGCCGAACUUCUUCUUACCGACUUCGCCCAUGGCGUCCAGUUACACGGCUCUCUAUCUGCAGAUGAAGCUUAAAGACCCCCGGAGGCUCCUCCAGAGGGCAGCAAACGAUGUCCCGUAUGGCGGUGAUGCCGCUCUGGCACAGACCCUCGCCUUCAAAAGCAGCCCUCCAGGUAACAAUCCCAGCGUUCCUUCAGGCGGCAGUCAGAAAAUGAGAUCAGCGCCCGUUGUCACCAUUGCACCUACUAAAGCUGCGUGUGACCUCUGGAGGAGUGCAGAGAAGCAGCCAUUCGGAUUCAGACCCUCUCAGGAUCUUUCGGGUUCUCCAGCUUAUCUCCUAAAAGAAGAACAAAAGAAUGGAGCCUCUCACUACCUGCAGAGGGGCGUGGGGCCUGAACCAGCAUUCCCGGCCAGUAUGGGACUGUUGAGGCCUGGACAGCAUGACGUUUAUCCAGGAAACAAAGCAGAUGUUUACCCAUCUGGAUUUCAUCCAUACCUCAGCAAGGAUGCCAUUCGGCCAGUGCCCACCUACCCAAACCUGUCGAUUGACCUAAAUGCUGCUUCUUAUUAUUACCCUGGCUUUGUGCCCCACCUGCCAAUGCCGUCCUCCCUCUACAGCCACUAUGAGGACCCUUACUACUUGUCUAUGCGGUCACCUUGUGCCCAGUUGCCUGAGAAAUCCAACUUCUGUCCUGGACAAGCUGCGGGUCUGCCACUCAACAGGAAGUCAGCAGAUGACUCGGAGAAGAGCAAAGCUGUGCGAUUUGGACGGCAGCAGAGCGGCUGUGAUGGGACUAGAAACAAAGAAGAGCAACAAAGGAGCAGAACGAGGGGUGGUAAACAGGAACGGCCGGCCCACCAUUUGACGCGGGUGACGCUGGGAAGCCAGGAGUCGUUGAUCGAUAAGGAGCAGCAACUGAAGGACACCACUUGGGAGAGCAGCUCUAGAAGAAAGAGAGAAGGAAGGAACGACAAACCGCGUGAUGACACCAACUCGCUGCCACCGCCCAGGCCAUGUUUCCUGAGACAGGACUGCAGCAGGUCCCCCUAUGUCUCCCCUUUUCUCUAUAACCCUUUGCACUUGGAGGAGACGCUGCCUUUUGAUCAGGUAGCAAAGAAGUGGAUGCAUCCUCCCAUGGCAGAAGCAUUCGAUCAUUUGUCCUUCGGGAGGAGAUUUACCGUGACAGAUUUACAGAACACCUCAGCCGUCACUUUGUCCCCCUCGUCCCGACCGCCGAAUUUAGCCUUCCACUCCUCCUUACACCACCAUGCAGAAGGGGGUCCUACCGGUAAGAUGACACCUCAUGAACGGGACGGCCAGCCACCCAGCAGAAGGGACAUCCAGAGCCACCUUCAGAAGCAUUUGAACAAAAAGGGGUUGGCUGCUUCUGGAGGACAGAGCUGUGCAGUCAGGCCUUUCAAAAGUGAUGUGCAGCCAAGCGGUCACAAUUUAAAUUUGUCAUCAGCCGCAGCUUAUUCCUGGGAUGUCCUGAGGAAAACCACAGAAGCUUCCGGGGGUCUAGACUUCAGCUGGCAAAUCAAAAAUGAAAGCAAGUCGGCCAAACCACACAGCAUGGUGGACGAUGGCCAGAGCCCUGUGGAGGUGCAGGCACCGCCGCCUCCGAAUCUCAGCAGGGAUGCCAACAGUGCUCAUGCCGGGCAGGAAACGGACCCAAGUGGAGCUUACGGAAACCAAAGGAGUGGUCUUCACAAAUCCCAGGAGCAUAAUAAAAGUCUGGAUGCCCCCCAAGAAGAGUGUUUGGAUUUGUCCAUUAAUCCCCCGGCAGGACAUUCAGAUUUCCAAAACAGUUCUUUGCCCCAAAGCCAAAGUUUGCCAAAGACUGAAAGUGCAGAGAAUGGGCUGGGUGACGGUGAGCCGGUGACGUUGGGAUCUGCACAAGAACGGCUCGACCCUUUAGAAAGCAACAAGAAGCCGGCAAAAUGUCGAGGCUCAUCCUACCACUGUGACUACUCUUCAAGUGGGACCUACAAGCAGAGGAUGAGCAAACUGAUCAGGAGGCUGGCGAGGCAUUCACCUCUUAAGCUGGGCAGCACCCCUGGGAAAAUGGUAUUUCUGGAGCUGCUUAACCUGACCAGGAGAAAAGAACUGAGGCUCGAACAGUGGAGGAAGAGGAGGCCGCUACGAAGGAGCCACAAUUCAGUCAUACGACCAGCCGAGAAGAUGAAGAAGGUCCUGUGCCAGCAAGAAAGACAGCGCCUGCUGGAUCAAACUGGUGCCAUGAACCCUGAGGAGAAGCAACAGUUUCUGGCCAUGUUUGACCUGAAGCCGCUCUCUCCGCAUCAGAGACGAGAAAAAGCUCCAAACAGCAGAAGCCUCUCCGUGUCUUCAGCCAUCGGCCACAAUGAAGCUCCGUUUCAAAGUGAGGAGACGCACACUGUGGACGUGGAGCAGCAGAGCCAGUCGGCAAAUGGUGACGGAGCAGCCACUGAGGAGCCACCUCAAUGGAUGACCACAAGUAGCCCCUCUGGGAGAACAAGCGUGGCGAGCGACAGCGGGCCCACUGUGCAUACGUACACCAGCUCUCAAUUUCCAGUUCAGGUACAGGAAGUGAAUGGAAGUCUAGAUGUCAGCUGUACAGGUGAGCACGUUAGGAUUCAAAGUGAGAGCAGCAUGAGUGAAGAGGAGGAAGAGGAGGAAGAAGAGGAGAAGGAGGUGGAAAUGGACGGGCAAGCCAAGUGGCAGGGAAUUGAUGCCAUAUUUGAGACCUACAGAGACUACGCAGAAGAAAGAGACCUGGAGAAGGACAUUCUCUUAGAGCAGCUAAGAUUCCUGAAAGAAAAGAAUGAAGAGCUGCAUUUCAGAGCAAAUAAUCUCAGCUCCCACAUACAGGGUCUAGAAGAAAACAGACAAAAGCUGAAUUACGAACGAGAACAUCACCUGGCCUCCCUGGACUUGUUAAAAAAGAAUAUUAUUUUCUCUCUGUGAACAACGGUCUCAUGAAAAUAAAACUGAAUGGACUGACGUGCACAUUUUAGCCAUUGAACAGAAGGAUGACGGACAGCCACGUGCAGUUACAGUGACCAACCAAUCCAGAAUCUGCAUCUGACCGACAGCUUUGACUUAUGAUAACCAUGAAGGAAUGCGUGUGACAUGCAGCUGCUCAUGUAUCUCUCAAAGGCAGUCCACGUUAUUGUAGGGCUGCACGGACCUCGGGAGGCAUUCUGGUGUUCAAAGUGAGCAGCAGGUGACACAGAAAGAAGGGAGGAAUGAGUGGGGACGACCGUGACGGUUUGUCCUGCUGACCUGACUGCAGGAACUGGAAGAACAAUUAGGCAGUGCAGCCCCCUAGUGGUCACAGUGUUGGAAACUAAAUCGCUUUUAAUGUUUUUUAUCCUUAUUAAGUGAAAUUUCACUUAUAAGCUUAUAUAUAAUGAGUGUGAGUGUGUGUGCUUUAUGACAGACUGGUGUCGCACUCGGAAAGAAAUCACGAUGGACACCAUUUUAUUUUUUUACUCUGUUUUGGGAAAGUGUUGUAGUGUUUUUUGCUCCUCUGUAUUUUAUAUUUUUCUGUUUUUUUGCAAUUUCUGUUUUGUGUUUUGCAUAGCCAAUGAUUUAACUUUGGACUCCUUUU